GUACGAUAUGGAGAAGUAGAAAGAAGAGACCUGGUCAGUUCCGUGAUAUGGAAUCAGUUCUGUUUAUUAAUUGAAAUUCCGACGCGAAUCGAAACAUGGAUUCCUUCAUCUCUGAAUGCAGUAAUAGUGAGAGUACGACGACAGCAGAGGAGUGGAAGGAAGGCGAGCGGAACAGUUUACCACUCACUCAUCUUUUCGUUGAGUUAA